AUGUCAUCAUCCUCAACAAGUCCGCGAUCAACCAGCGAGUCUGGCGAUUUCAUCCUCCCCUCCCCGCCCUCUCGCCACAACGGUGGGGCUGCGGACCUCAGCCCCACCGGUCUCCUCGCCUACGCCGCCUCCACCAGCGUAUCCAUCGUGGAUUCUCGCUCAAUGCAGCUCAUCUCUGUCAUCCCCAUCCCUCCUCCCCCCUCCACUCCCAUCUCCUCCUUCAUCACCUCUGUCCGCUGGUCCCCACAGCCUCUCCGCCGCGACAUCCUCGCGCAUGAUCCUUCCACCUCUCUGUCUCAUCUCCUCCUCGCGGCUGGUGAUCGCUACGGAGGCAUUGCACUCCUCGAUCUCCGCAUCAAGGCUCCUCUUUUUUUUCUCGAAACUCCUGAUUAUAUUCAUGCCAAUAAGCCUGGCAUUCAGGACCUUUGUUGGAUCCAGGCCCGCGUCGAUUCCUGGAUCCUCGCCUCUCUCUCCGGACCUUCUCUGCUUUCCCUCUACAACACGAGCACCGGGAGGUGUUUUUUCAAGUACGACGCAGCUCCUGAGCUCUUCGCUUGUGUGCGUCGUGAUCCGUUUGAUUCCAGGCAUUUCUGUGCUUUAGGCCUAAAAGGCUUCCUCUUGUCGGCAAAAGCUCAUAGUGAUGGCUCUGAAGAGGACAUUCAACUUAACGAGCUUCGUAUAAAUACAGAUUCUUCUGAAAUACAGAGGCUGGAGAAGGACGCCUACACGAAUCCUGCUGCAGCUAUGUCACCACCGCUUGCUAUUUUCCCAACUUAUGUUGCCAGAGUGGCCUUUUCGCCACACUGGAGGCAUAUUCUGUUCCUCACUUUCCCCAAAGAAUUGCUUGUGUUUGAUCUCAAGUAUGAGGUUGCAUUGUUUGUGACUUCGUUGCCUCGAGGUGUAGGGAAGUUUAUUGAUGUCUUGCCUGAUCCUAGCACCGAGUUGUUGCAUUGCGCUCAUCUUGAUGGCAAAUUCAGUACCUGGCGUCGAAAAGAAGGACAGCAGGUUCACACAAUGUGCAUGACGGAAGAAUUGAUGCCCUUGAUAGGUUCAUCUGUCCCCUCUCCGACUCUACUGGCGGUCACUCUCUCAUCAACAGAGUCCGUUAUGCAAAAUUUUGGCAAGCACUGUUCAAAUGUACUAAAUACAGUGCCGGUGUUGGAUAUCAAGCAUCAUUUUGAGGUUAAUGACAGCUCAAUCAUUAUCUGCAACACACAUUUGAUUGCAAUUUCUGAUGAUGGAAAAAUAUGGGAUUGGCUCCUAACUGCUGAAGGUAAUACAGAGUCUCUGAAAGAAAAAUUAAACUCAACCAACAUGUCAGAAGCCAACGAUGUAAAUGUUUCGCGGAGCAACAUUGAGGUUGCAUCUACUCAUGACUCUACACUUGUGCAUCCUGAAGAUACCAGAAGGUGCACUACCAGGUUUUCAAUCCACUGCGUUACUCAGGAAAAAAUUACGUUUAAGUGUUCAAUGCAGAUCAAUUUAGUUGGCCAGCUUCAUCUUCUUUCUUCCACUAUAACUGUGCUGGCUGUACCAACACCGUCUUUGACAGCAAUUGUGGCACGUGGCGGAAAUUAUCCAGCUGUUGCAGUUCCACUAGUUGCCUUGGGAUCUCAGAGUGGAACCAUUGAGGUCAUUGACGUCUCUGCAAAUUCUGUUGCCGCGAGUUUCUAUGUUCACAACAAUGUUGUCAGGGGACUAAGAUGGCUUGGAAAUUCGAGACUCGUCUCCUACUCUUAUACUCUGGCAAAUGAAAAAAGUGGAGGCUACAUUAAUAAACUUGUAGUGACCUCUCUGAAAAACGGCCAGAAUAGACCAUUUCGGGUUUUACAUAAGUCAGAGCGUGCACCAGUACGAGCUUUAAAGGCUUCAUCUUCGGGAAGGUUCCAUCAAUACUUAAACUCUUGCGCAUCUUCACAGGAACUUUUUCUUAUUGUAGUUAUGCUGAUAAAAUGCAGGUAUCUCUUGAUCAUGUUUCGCGAUGCACCUGUUGAGGUUUGGGCAAUGACAAAGACUCCACUUCUGCUACGGUCACUAGCUCUUCCAUUCACAGUAAUAGAUUGGACUCUUCCAACAGUUCCACGACCUGGUCAGACCGCACAAUCUAGACAUUUACCAGUAGUAUCAGAAGAUAGUGCAACUGUGGCACAAAUGGGGGCAACUUCUCCAAGAACAUCAACGGAUUCAUUAGAAGGGUCUCAAGAUGAAUCUGCAGAAAGUUUCGCAUUUGCUUUAGUGAACGGUGCCCUGGGAGUUUUUGAGGUCCAUGGUCGAAGGAUCCGAGACUUCAGACCAAAAUGGCCUUCUUCUUCUUUUGUUUCAACCGAUGGACUCGUUACAGCUUUGUGCUAUCGGCUGCCUCAUGUAGUUACAGGGGAUAAAUUAGGAAACGUACGUUGGUGGGAUGUUACAACUGGGCAAUCUUCCUCAUUCAACACUCAAAGGGAAGGGAUUAAAAGAAUCAAGUUCUCACCUGUUGCUCCUGGAGACCGUAGCCGUGGGCGGAUAGCUGUGCUAUAUUUUGACAAUACAUUUGCCGUGUUUGAUCUUGAUUCACAAGAUCCCUUGGCUAGUUCCCUUCUACAACCUCAAUUCCCCGGAAUCCUUGUCUUGGAGCUUGAAUGGUUGCCUCUGAGAACUGAUAGAAAUGAUCCAUUGGUAUUAUGCAUUGCAGGAGCUGAUGGUACUUUUCGGCUUACUGAGGUUAAUAUAAGUGAUAAAAAAGGUGGGUAUGUACCUCAUCCAAGAUUUGUGAAAGAGAGAUUCCGGCCAGUGCCUUUAUGUUCACCAGUAUUACUCCCUACUCCACAUGCCCUGGCAUUGCGGAUGAUAUUGCAACUGGGGGUCAAGCGCUCAUGGUUCGACGCUGCCACUAAUGUGGAUCAGGGGAACUCCAAACUUACAACAACCACAACAACAGACGAUCUUCGUAGUUAUUUGAUUGAUUUACCACCUGUUGUAGGUGAUUCCGUUGUGCCAGAGUUGCUCCUCAAGGUAUUGGAGCCUUAUAGAAAGGAAGGCGGCAUACUUGACGAUGAGAGGGUGAACAUAUACACUACUCUUGUUGAUAAGGGCUCCAUUAUGAGAUUUGCAUUUGCAGCUGUAAUAUUUGGGGAAUAUCCAGAAGCACUUUUCUGGUUACUUUUACCCCGCGCUCUCAAACACUGGAUAACCAAAAUUGUUAGCAAGUCUCAUCAGAAAGCUCAAGUAUCAGCCCCAACGUCGGAUGUUAAUAAUGCAUCUAUGCUAGUUAUGUUAGCUUCAAAGGAAAAGGCAGCAUCUGAAAAUAAAAAUGUUGCAUCAUUCAAGAUGAACUUUGGCCAACUUAAGCAAAUGGCUUUCGAGCAUGGAGAAUUGUGGGAAAUGGCUAAUGAACGUAUUACUUGGCAUGAGAAGUUGGAGGGUGAACAAGCUGUUCAAAAACAGAUCCACGAGCUAGUGGCUCUUGGAAACUUAGAAGCUGCUGUUACUCUGAUGCUUUCCACUCCUCCUGAGAGCUCCUACUUCCCGUCUAAUGCAUUGCGCGCUGUUGCUCUUUCAUCCGCUGUGUCCAAGUCACUCUUUGAGCUCUCUGUGAAUGUGGUUGCAGCAAAUAUGGUCAGGACAGACAGGUCAUUUUCAGGCACACAUCUGCUUUCUGCUGUUGGGAGGUAUCAAGAAGCUUGUUCCCAGCUUCAAGACGCUGGAUGCUGGACAGAUGCUUCGACUCUAGCUGCAACACAUUUGAAAGGCUCGGCUUAUGCCAGGGUGUUGCAAAGGUGGGCUGAUCACGUCUGGCACGUUGAACAUAACAUAUGGAGGGCUAUGAUACUAUAUGUGGCAGCGGGUGCAUUCCCAGAGGCGUUGGUGGCACUUCGUGAGGCACAACAACCAGAAGCAGCUGCCAUGUUCAUAGUUGCUUGCCAUGAAAUCCAAAAGGCAUUCACAUCCGAUUCUGAAUCCCACGACGAAUCAGGUCCAGCUGCCAAGGAACCUGUUCCUCCCUUGCCGGGGUUGAACUCAGAUAAUGAAGAUGUCAUUGCUGUGGGAGAAUAUUAUGGUGAGUACCAAAGAAAACUAGUGCACCUAUGCAUGGAUUCACCGCCACUUGCUGACUGAACAACCUAAGAUGAGGCCAACAAUGAUUA